AUGGCCACGCCUACUUCCUGGGCACAGGAGGUCAUCACUUGUGACCUUUGUGAUAAUCCCACUCAGCAAUUCUGUAACAACUGUCAGAUCAAACUGUGUGUGGAUUGUGUCAAUAAACAUAUCCAGAAGUUGAAGAAUCUAACCCAUGACAUCGUUCCGUUCAAAAAUAAACAGAUACGGCUAGUUUUUUCUGAGUGUAAGCUUCACUGUAACCAGAAAUGUGAGGCACAUUGCCGGCAGUGCGAUGUACCAGUGUGCAUGACGUGUGUCCUUGGCCCACAUAAAGGUCAUAAUGCGAUAGAAAUGUUGAAAAUCGUCAAGAACAGAAAAGAAAGAAUUAAGAAAGACACACGUGAGAUGGAAACUGUCCUGAUUCCAAAGUAUAGAACUAAAAAUGCCGAAACGGAAAGUGAAAUAUCCGAAACAACCACCAGAUACGAAGAGUUAGAGAAAUCAACUGAAAAGCUGAGAGCAGUGUGGCAUCAAGAAGUGGAUUUCAUUUUCAACAAGCUCCGUUCAUUAAUCAAGCUGACUAAGGAUAACCACGUCUCUCCGUUAAAAACCAACCACUCCAAAUUAGGAAAUUUUAUUUCAGAUAUGAUCCAAACGGUUGAAGAAAACAAAGGAAUAAUCGAAUCCAAUAACGUUUCAGAAGUCAUGAACUACAAAUGGAAAAUAAUGGAGUACAGUAAUAUUCCAAAAGACAUUCAGAGGAAAAUCCCUUCUCUUAAAAUAAACACUAUUCACGGCAAAGAACUGAAGAUAGAAAUAGGAAAAUACAAGGCUAAAUUAUCACAGAUAUCACCACCUGAUAUAAAUGAAGUCUCCAAAUUGGUCUUAAGAGAGCGUUCAGACAGAGUAUGGACGAUUACCACUAUUCCUACUGGAUAUAAGCCUCUCUACAGAAUCGCCUGUGUGGGAAAAGAUGAAGUGUGGGUUAGUGGUAAAAAUAAAAGGAUGGGGCGAUUUGACAUAUUUGGACAAGAGAAGGAAAUUGUCACUGUAGCAUGUCCUAUGUAUCCUAGUGAUAUAUCUGUGACCAGACAGGGAGAGUUGAUGUACACUGACGGUAGCAAUGGAACAGUCAACAUUGUCCGAAGCGGGAAGACAGAGGCACUGAUCACCACACAGCAGGACUGGUAUCCAGAAGGACUGUGCUGUACCAGAUCAGGGGACAUCCUGGUCAGUAUGUCAACUACUGAUUUUAGCCAUUGCAAAAUUGUCCGUUAUCAGGGUCGAAAUGUGCAACAGGAAAUAGAGAAAGAUGACGAUGGAAAAGCAAUCUACAAAGGCGGCGACAAUAUGUUGUUUGUUGAGGAGAAUAACAAUGGUGACAUUUGUGCCUCUAACAUUGAUUCUGGGACAGUGGUUGUGGUGGACAAAUUCGGGAGAAUUCGAUUCAAAUACGACGGCACACCAGCCGGACGAAAGGAGCAGUUUAGUCCUAUAAAAGUAGUUACAGACUCCUUAGGUCAGAUUAUUGUGGCAGAUUACAACAAUGAGUGUUUACAUGUUCUGGAUCACAACGGACGAUUCCUAAAGUGUGUGAGCAACUUUGGACUGGAGAAACUUUUUGGGCUGGGUAUGGAUUGUGAGGGAAGAUUGUGGGUAGGUUUUGCUGAAUCGGGAGAAAUCAAAGUGAUCCAAUACAAUCUCUAA